CUUUCUUGACUUCCUUGUAAUAGUAUCUCUCUGAUCAUCCGAUCAACGUUUUACGUCGCAGCAGAGGUGUACUGAGUCGAAGAAGAAGAAGAAGAAGAAGAAGAAGAAAGAAGAAUGUGUGGGAUAUUCGCCUAUCUCAAUUACAAUCUCAACAGGGAGAGGCGUUACAUCCUCGAAGUCCUCUUCAAUGGCUUGAGACGUUUGGAGUAUAGAGGAUAUGACUCCGCCGGAAUUUCCAUUGAUUGCUCCUCAUCCGUUUCAAAUGUUCCUUCUCCUUCUCCUCACUCUCCACCUCCACUUCUCUUUCGCCAAGAAGGCAACAUCGAAUCGCUUGUUAAAUCCGUUUACCAAGAAGUGGAUGCUACAAAAUUAAAUCUGGAGGAGACAUUCUCAGUUCAUGCUGGCAUAGCCCACACAAGGUGGGCAACACAUGGUGAACCGGCUCCAAGGAACAGUCAUCCACAAAGCUCUGGUCCGGAAAAUGAGUUCUUGGUUGUUCACAAUGGAGUAAUUACUAAUUAUGAGGUGUUGAAGGAGACACUAGUGCGGCAUGGGUUUACCUUUGAUUCUGAAACAGACACAGAAGUGAUUCCAAAACUUGCAAAAUUUAUUUUUGAUAAAGCGAAUGAAGAAGGUGAUCAAACUGUGGCAUUCAGUCAAGUUGUGCUUGAGGUUAUGCGGCAUCUUGAAGGGGCCUAUGCUCUUAUUUUCAAAAGUAGACACUAUCCAAAUGAGUUGAUUGCUUGUAAACGUGGUAGCCCAUUGCUUCUUGGUGUAAAAGAAUUUUCUCCUGAAACAAGCAAUGGAGCAAUAUUUGGUGAUCUUAAGUUCCCAAUGAAGGAUGAAAAACCCAAAGAACUCUUUUUAUCCAGUGAUGUUCAUGCUGUAGUUGAACACACAAAGAAGGUUUUGAUGAUUGAGGAUGGGGAAGUCGUUCACCUUAAGGAUGGUGGUGUUUCCAUCCUUAAAUUUGAUACUGAUAAAGGAAAACUUAGUGGAGGUCUCGCCAGGCCUGCUUCUGUACAACGUGCAUUAUCUGUUCUCCAGAUGGAGGUUGAACAAAUAAAUAAAGGAAAUUAUGAGCAUUAUAUGCAAAAAGAAAUUCACCAACAACCAGAAUCUCUUACAACAACAAUGCGUGGGAGGCUUAUACGUGGAGGCUCAUGCAAGGAUAAAACUGUUCUUUUGGGUGGGUUGAAGGAGCACCUGAGAACUAUCCGCCGCAGCAGACGUAUUGUGUUUAUUGGUUGUGGCACAAGCUAUAAUGCUGCUUUAGCUUCUAGACCCAUAAUGGAAGAGCUUUCUGGGAUUCCUGUUUCAAUGGAGAUUGCCAGUGAUCUGUUGGACAGGCAGGGGCCUAUCUACAGAGAAGAUACGGCAGUUUUUGUUAGUCAAUCAGGUGAAACUGCAGAUACCUUAAAUGCAUUACAAUAUGCACUAGAAAAUGGAGCACUGUGUGUUGGCAUUACAAAUACUGUUGGUAGUGCUAUUGCCAGAACUACACACUGUGGCAUUCAUAUCAAUGCAGGUGCUGAGAUUGGUGUUGCAAGUACCAAGGCAUAUACUAGUCAAAUAGUUGUGAUGGUUAUGAUGGCACUUGCAAUUGGAAGUGACACAAUUUCAAAUCAAGCAAGAAGAGAAGCUAUAAUAGACGGCCUAUUUGAAUUUCCAAAUAAAGUUAGAGAAGUACUGAAGCUUGACCAGGAAAUGAAGGAGCUUGCGAAGUUAUUAAUUGCUGAGCAGUCUCUUCUUAUGUUUGGAAGAGGUUACAACUAUGCAACCGCUCUUGAAGGCGCCUUAAAAGUGAAGGAAGUCGCACUAAUGCACAGUGAAGGAAUUCUUGCUGGAGAAAUGAAACAUGGUCCUCUAGCUCUGGUUGAUGAAAACCUUCCCAUUAUUGUUAUUGCCACCCAUGAUGCUUGCUUCAGUAAGCAACAGUCAGUUAUUCAACAACUCCAUGCUCGGAAAGGUCGGCUGAUAGUGAUGUGUUCAAAAGGGGAUGCAGCCUCUGUAUGUUUAGGUGGUUCGAGUAGAGUGAUCGAAGUUCCUCAAGUUGAGGAUUGCCUGCAGCCUGUAAUCAAUAUAGUCCCACUUCAGCUUUUGGCGUAUCAUCUGACUGUCCUGCGGGGCUACAAUGUAGAUCAACCCCGAAAUCUUGCAAAGAGUGUGACAACGGAAUGAUAAUAUCUUAGGUGAAGUAUUCUUGCUCGCUCCCUUGUCUUUCUCUCGAAACUUUUCACUAGAUUUUCUGAAUCCCCACUAGCAGACCAUAUUCUUUCUAGUUUUUGACCCCACAUUCAAUGUAUAUUUAUAUAUAAGCUUGCG